AUGAGCUCUGUGGACGGCCGUCAAAUGGAGGGUGCAGACAUGGCCGGCUCUCGCACACUCUUCACCUCGGCCGCCGUCGCCGGCACCGCCGCCCGCCUCGGCCGGCUGGCCCUCCCCGGGCGCGCCGCCAUUGACACACCCAACUACACGUCCGUCGCCAGCCGCGGGGCGGUGCCGCACCUGACCCCCGACAACAUGACCAAAUCCGUGUCGCCAGGGCCCGUCUACAUGGCGCUCGAAGAUUUCAUUGAGAAGACGCAGCCCCCUAUAUACAAGACGCCCGUAACGCGGGAAAACAGACUGCACAGCUUCACGGCCCUGCCACUCGCCAGCGCGACCAUCCUGGCCGCGCGUCGCAGCCAGACCGUCACCACGCCGACGGGCAACACGGCCAAGUCGGUCACACUCUUCACGUCGACGGGCUUCCGCGGCCUCUCGGUCCCCGCGUACGUCGAGGCCGUGCGGCUGCUGCGUCCCGACGUUGUCGUGCCGCUGGCGGAUCUGCCGCAUACGAGCACCGCGCCACCGGCGAAGAAGCUCGUGCGCAUGGUGGACAGGACGGAGGAGUGGCUGGACCAGUUCCUGGAGGCGACGGCGGCGGGGACCGACGCCGCGCCGACCAGCGCCGUGUUUGCGCCGGUGCUGCCGGUGGAGUACCCGCUGCAGUGGGCGUACCUGCAACACCUCGCCGACGACGUCCUCGGGUCGCUCUCCGGCCUCGCCAUCUACGACACCAGACUCCUGGGCGACAUCAUCCGCAACUACGCCGCGCUGGGCCCGCUGCCGCGGCUCUCGCUCGACGCGCCCAAAACGCCGCAGCAGGUGCUCCAGCAAGUCGCCCUCGGCGUCGACGUCUGCGUGCUGCCCUUUAUCAACGCCGUGUCCGACUCGGGCGUCGCCUUCACCUUUACGUUCCCCGCGCCCGCCUCCUCCGUCGCGGCGCCGCAGCCGCUGGGCACCAACAUGUGGCUCGAGGAGCACGCGACGGCGCUGCGGCCGCUGAGCGCCGGCUGCUCGUGCUACGCGUGCACGACGCACCACCGCGCCUACCUGCGGCACCUGCUCAACGCCAAGGAGAUGCUGGGCUGGAGCCUGCUGCAGAUCCACAACCACUGCGCCAUGAGCCGCUUCUUCGACGGCGUCCGCGCGGCCCUGCGCGACGGCACGUUUGGCGCCGCCGCCGAGCGCUUCGCGGCCGCGUACGAGGCUGACUUUCCAGAGGGCACCGGCGAGAGGCCGCGGGCGAGGGGCUAUCACUUCAAGAGCGAGUAUGGGCAGGAGAAGAUUAACAAGACGACGUGGGUUGAUGUCGAGGGGACGUUUGCGCAGGCCGAGAUGAAAGCAUAA